AUGAACAGUCGUAAGUUGUCCAUCAACAGGAGUGACGGGUGGUUGUUGUUGCUUUCUGUGUUUGUUCCACCUGUUCCUGUGCUCAUCAGGAAAGGUUUCUUUAGUAGAGAUUUCUUAUUGAAUGUGCUGCUAUUCGUUAUCCUGUUUAUUCCAGCUAUUGCACAUGCAGCCUACGUGAUCAUUGAGACUAGUGAUGAGAGGAAUAAAGAUUAUGAACCUGUACCAGUUCCAUCUCAGGAUGAUGAGGAGGGACCAGGAAAUGGUGAUUUUGACGUUGAUUUAGAAUCUAAUGCGCUACCACUUUAUGAUGAUGUCGUGGCUUCCAGUGAACAACCUACGGAUGCUCCCACGGAUAACAAGAUCCAGAAAUAA